AUGUUCACAUCGGAACGAGUUAUUCCGGUUGCCAUCGUCGUGUUUGCUAUGUUUCUUCAGGCAAGCAUUCACAAGAUCCAUGAAGGCCACGUCGGAGUCUACUACAUUGGUGGAAGGUUGUUGGAUGCGUACACGGAAGCUGGAUACAAUGUCAUGUUCCCAUUUUUCACACGAGUGCAUGAAAUGCAAAUAACAAUUCAGACUGACGAAGUCACAAAUAUUCCUUGUGGAACGCGUGGUGGAGUCAUGAUAACCUUCGAGAAGGUCGAAGUUGUUAACAUCCUCGACAAAAAUCGAGUGAUACAGACUGUGAGAAAUUAUGGGAUCGACUACGACAAAAUUUGGAUUUUUGACAAGAUUCACCAUGAAAUUAAUCAGUUCUGUUCACAGCACACUCUGCAAGACGUCUACAUAGAAAAGUUCGACACUGUGGAUGAUAGAAUCAAAGAGGCAUUGCAGCGAGACUGCAACACUUAUGAUACUGGCAUAAGAAUCAUUGCAGUACGCGUUACAAAACCAAAAAUCCCCGAGAUUGUUCGACGCAAUUACGAGGAGAUGGAAGCACAGAAAACUCAAUACAUGAUCGCAGUUGAACAUCAGAAGGUAGUAGAGAAGCAAGCAGAAACAGAGAGGAGAAGGCUGCAAAUCGAAGCUGAGACUGCUGCUUCUGUUGCAAGCAUUCGGAAGCAGCAAGAAAUUAUGGAGCAAGAAGCCGCAAAGAAUGUCUCUCGUAUCAAGGAUGAGAUGCACAUCGCAAGGGAAAAGGCUUAUGCAGAUGCUGAACAUUACAAACUGCAACAGGAAGCGAUUGCAAAUAGUAAGUUGCUGACUAAAGAGUAUUUGGAGCUCAAACGGGUUCAAGCCAUCAGCAAUCUCUCCAAGAUAUAUUUUGGAAAUUCGAUACCCGCCAUGUUCAGUCCAUUGGAUUUGUCGAACACAAAUAAUAAGAAGUAAACCAACGCCUGCCAGGUAGGGGUCAGAGUUAGGAAUUCGUUCAACUCUGUGCAAUUUAAUAUCAGCAACAAAAGUGAUUUUUACACAAC